AUCCAGCUGGCAAUUCUAUCAUCAUUCCAAAGUGUCAUAAUAGACUUGAGAUUUCAUAAAGAUUUUCCGAGAAUAUACAAAUAUAAAAAUGACUGAAAAUACAGGCAAUCCAUUUGAUAUAAACGGACCACACUUUGAUGCAGAUUUGUAUUUACAAAAAUUGACAAAGGAAUGUCGAUUAAAACAAAUUAUGGACCAUGAAGAGGAGAUAAGACGAAAUACACAAGUAUUACAUUCAGAAAUGCAAACUCUAGUCUAUGAAAAUUAUAAUAAAUUUAUAGCUGCCACUGAUACGAUUAGAAAGAUGAAAAGUGAUUUUAAAGGAAUGGAAGACAGCAUGGAUUUACUAGAAAAAAAUAUGGAUAGUAUUACUUCUUUUUCUGAUCAAAUUUCAUCAACCUUACAAGGGACAAGACAACAGAUAUCAAGACUAUCUUCAGUUCAUGCUCUCUUGAAACGGCUACAGUUUCUUUUUAAGCUUCCUAGUAAUUUAAAAGACAAGAUGAAUGAAGGAAAUUAUUCUCAAGCUGUUCAAGACUAUAUUAGAGCUCAAAGAGUACUGAAUCAGUAUGGUAACAUGCCUUCUUUCCACGGUAUACAAAAAGAUUGUGAAGAAAUAGUUGAAGAAUUGAAAUCACAAUUAAGAAAACAAUUUCAUCGAAGAGAUGCUACUACCAAAUCAUUAACAGAAAGUGUUGAUCUAUUAUUAAGACUCAAGGAACCGGCAGCGUCAUUGUGUGAAGAAUUUUUAAAUCAUGCUGAUAAUCGUCUUUCUGAAGAACUAGAUACCUUAAAGGAUAUGUGUGAGAAUGAUGUUAUAGAAUUUGUAGAUGCAGGAAGCUCAGGGUUUUUGGGAGAUUUAUGUUUAAUUGUCGCAUCUUACAGCGAUAUGUUUAUCAACAGACCUCGCUCGGAUGAUGAAGAUUUAAUUGAAGAUGUUGAUGCAAAUGUUAUGACACGACUUGAUAAAUUUAUCCUAAAUAAUAUGAAUAAAUACUUCGAAUUAACAAAAAAGCGAAUGGAAGACGUAUCUGAUACUGCUAUUCUCGUUCGGGCACUGGAUAAAUUUUAUCGCAGACUUCAAGCUAUGAAUAUUCUGUGUAAUGGAGCCGACUUUGCGAGUGUUGGAACUGAGAUAGUUAUAAAUGCUGGAAGGAAACAGUGUCGUAAUCAUUUAAAUUCCUUAAAACAACAUCUAAAUGAAACUCUAGCAAAAGUAAGACAAACAUUAGCUACUAAAGUAUCAUCAGAGAGUGAUGGAGGAUUGCCAGAACUUCAAGCUCUUUUAAUAAUGCCUACAAUUGAAAAAGUCAAAGGCAUUCUUCAAGACUUAUCUGUAUUUUUAGAGCCAGAUUUAUCAUUCAGUUUAAAACCACAAUUUUUGGAGACAUUUUGUGUUGAUGAAGUGCGAGAAGGUUUAAUUAUUGGAUUCUUACAUCACUUAACAGCAGUUGCAGCUGGAUUUUGUACACGUUCUGAUGUUCCGAAAUAUCCUCCAACUUUACUAUUAUUAUUAAGCAAAAUGUGCAUUGAAUUCAAAGAUACUAGUAUUCACUAUUUACUUUCUACCACUGACGAUACAUUUAAUGUUCAUGAAUAUGCGAGUUCGGUUAAUGCUCUUACAUCUGAGCAAGACAUUUGCAAUGAAUUUCAAAGAGCUGGCCAAGAUCUUUUGAAUCAUUAUGUUCGUUUGCAAGGAUUGUCUAUAUCACAGAUGUUAAGAAAGUCUGUUGAAACUAGAGAUUGGUUGCAUACCAUUGAACCUAGGACUGUCAGAGCUGUUAUGAAGCGAGUAGUUGAAGAUAUUACAGCAAUUGAUGCUCAAGUUUCUGUACUUUAUGUUGAUUCGGAUGGGCAAGUUGAUAGAAGCAGUGAUAGUAGUCGAAGAACUCAUAGCAUCAGCGUAUCAAGACACCAAUACCGUUCUAACUGGUCUUCGUACACUCCCAGCCAGCUUGAUUCAUCACUUGUCAGUAAUAUUAAUAAGCUUUUCUCCGAAAGGAUUGAAAUAUUUGCUCCAGUAGAAUUUAAUAAGGCUUCUAUUCUAACGGGCAUCAUCAAAAUAAGUCUGAAGACUUUCCUCGAGUGUGUGAGACUUCGAACUUUUAGCAAAUACGGUCUCCAACAAAUUCAAGUGGACACACACUACCUUCAACUCUAUCUCUGGAGAUUUGUUGCUGAUGAAAACCUUGUACAUUUUUUACUGGAUGAAAUUCUGGGGAGCGCAGUUCAUCGAUGUAUUGAACCUGUUCUAAUGGAGCCUAGUGUUGUGGACAUUAUUUGUGAAAGAGGAUAAAUUAAUUAAUUUAAGAUCAAAUAUUUAUUAUAUGUACUAAAAUAAAAUAUUAUUAAAUUAUUAAAGAUUAAUAUCAAUGAAAUAGACUCAAGAGAUCUCUAAUCUAUUUAUAGCUCUUGAAUUAAAUUCAAUGUAUAAUAAUUAAUUAAUUACCACUUGAUCAUUUUUGUAAAGAAAAUUGAAUAAAUUUCAAUGAAUUAAU